GCUAUGUCAGGAUUGCCGAGAGCCCUUUCUCGAUGGAGCUUAGGGAUCGCUUCCGUCGGCAUCCGAAGGUCGGAAGUGCUGCUUUGGAGAAGGAUGGCUCGACAAUAGCCAAGAUUCCGGCGGGCCGCACGAAGCAAGUGUCCAUCAAGGAUUUCACUGCUGACAAGGAGCUUUUUGCCCUCAGCUUCCGCAGAUAUCGCUUCCUUGGCGAAACAGACGAGAAGUAUCCUGUGCUGACAGGAGGAGUUAACAUGGAUGCCGGCAAACUCUUCGCCCUGAAGAAGAAGGGCAAGUCUCAAGCCCAAAAGAAGGACCCUUCGGUCCAACCGCCCGUGGGAGCCUUCUUCCAAAAAGAGGCCCCGGAGCCCUCUGCUGCGGAGGGGGUCGUUGGUGUGGCGGAGGGGGCCACAAAGAAGAAGAAGGGGGGCAAGGUGGUUGAGCCCCCGACCAAGAAGCAGCGGGGCACUGUCGCCCAGGAUGCCCCCUUGGUGAUCAUCGAGGAUCGCCCCUCUCCGGACCCCCCGGUUGAUGCUGCGGUGACGGCCCAAAUCAAUCCUCCCUUGAGAAACCCCCCUCGGGAGAUCCUGCAGCUCUCUCUGGCCCCGGGGGCUUCUGUUCUACAUGGCUCGGCGGAGCCGAAAGCUUUCCUGAGGGGGAUGACCUCAGUGAUGGACAAGGCUGCCCUCUCCACCUAUGAUGACGAGGCCCUCGAGAACAGGAUCCUCCAGUCUUCAUUAACUGCUUGCGUAGCCCUCGGGGAGCAUGCACGGAGGCUUGAGCAAUGGCGCCUCCGGAAGGCGGAGCAGGACCGGGAGAUGAAGGAGCUCGUCCUGAAGAACUCCGAGGCCGUGAAGCAGAUGGCAAUGCUGGAGGAAGAUCUCCGGAAGGCUGCCGAGGGCAAAGCUGCAGCGGAGGAAGCCAGGUGUGAGGCUGAGAGGGCAGCCAAGAAAGCUGCCGAGGUGGCGGAGAUUGCUAAAGCCGAGGCCGUCGCCAAAGCCCGGAAAGAAGCUGUUGCCGCCUUCGUGGCCGAGGGCUGGAAGACCGAAGACAGGCGGCAAUGGGUGGCCUCGAUGGUGGAGUCUUCGGUUGAUGACUGGGUGAAAGGCCCCGGAGCCGAUUGGAUGGCCGAAAGAGGGGACAGCUAUUAUCAGGGGGCGAGUUCUUCACCCAGCAUCUGGUGUACCGGAGGCUCGCCAGGCACUUCAAGGUCCCUCUCGAGGAAUUCGACCCCUCGGCUUAUGGCCUUCCUGCCUUGCAGCCGGAUGUGAGAACCCCCUCCCCCCGAGCGAAGAGAGGCCAGUGAUCCAUGACUCCAUGAUGAUGGGGAGAUCCGGCGAUGGUGAGACCGAGGACGCCAUCGAGGAGGAGGUCACCUCGAAGCCCGCCGAGGGGGCAGCAGCUUGAAGAAGAUACCUGUAGUUGAAUAGUUGCUUGAACAUUUAUUUGUUUGUAAUGUUUGUGUACUUUCGGCUUCGGCCAUGUUGUAACAUAUACAUUUGAAUCCC